AUGGUACGUAAAUUAAAAUAUCAGGAGAAGAAGCUCUUAAAGAAAGUUGACUUUAUUACUUGGGAUAUAGACAAUAAUCUGCAUGAAGGCAAAAUCCUCCACCGGUAUCACAUAAAGAAGCGUGAGCAUUAUUCCCUGUACAACAAACUUGCAGCAGAAAUCCGUGAUAUAGCAACAUCGUUGAAAGAUUUCCCGCUCAAUGACCCGUUUAGAAGAAAGAACGUAAAAAGACUACUCGAUAAACUUUAUGCCUUAGGGUUAAUACCUAGUGCAGAUUCCCUGGAACGUGCGGCAAAAGUGACUGCCUCGUCGUUUUGCCGUCGAAGGUUGCCGGUGAUGAUGCAGCGCUUGGGCAUGACAGAAUUUAUAAAAGAAGCUAGUGAGUUUGUUGAACAGGGUCACGUUAGGGUUGGUACAGAGCUGGUGACCGACCCAGCAUUUCUUGUUUCACGGAAUUUAUCAGAUAUGGUCACCUGGACAAGGAAGUCUAAGAUACGCGAGCACGUCCUCAAUUACAAUAAUGAGAGGGAUGAUUUCUAUUUGUGA